AUGGACGCGACUUGGCACCGUCCAGCAACGGUCAAGGCCCAUUCUUCCAGGCGACUCCUUCGCAUCGCCGCCGCCCUUGUCCUCGCAUCCGUCUUCGCCCCCGCAGUCGUUAAUGUAGCCGCCGCUCCCUCAGACCCCAUCGUUACCGAGUACCGCUUCGACGAUGCCCCUCGCAAGCUCAGCUACUUUGCUGAUUCACCCGUGGUGUUGUAUCAUGACGUGGCGAAGAACGUCUAUCGCUCUCCGGAUGAAGGAAAGACAUGGUCGAGGAUCAAGGAUGUCAUACCCGCAAAAUCGAAUGCCUUGAUUAUGCAUCCUUUCGAUCCCAAGAGGGCGUACAUUCUUACCAAUGGCAAGACACAUUACAGGACAGAGGAUCAGGGAGCAAACUGGACACCAUUCGAUGUAGAGUUGCCACCAAUCGAGGAGGACCAUGUCCUCUCGUUCCAUGCCACACGGCCUGAUUUGAUUCUGAUCGCGGGAACAUCCACCAACGACCGCGGUCUAGGCCACGAUGAGACAUACUAUACCAAAGACGGAUUCAGAACAAGCCCAAAGCUGCUUUUGGCAUAUACACACAAGUGCGAGUGGGCAAUGUCGAGCCCCAAGUUUGACGAGGCGCCGACAGAGCUGAUCCAUUGUCUGGAGUUCAAGUCCAGGGUCGACGGAUCGACCACACUGGAUGAUGUACAUAUGGUCAAGAGUCAAGACUACUUUGCUACCAAGGAGCCAGUCGUCUUUGGCAGUCUCGAUCGAUCUGCAAUUGUCAACUUUGUUACCAAGGAGACAUUCAUGUUGGCAGCUGAGAAACAUCUUACUACUGGCGACAUGUCGCUUUAUGUAUCGACGGAUGCCAAGGUUUGGGCCAAAGCCAACUUUCCCCAGCCUACGAACCUUCGCCAAAACUCGUAUACAAUUUUGGAGUCGACUGAAUACAGUUUGAUUGUGGAUGUCAAGGAAUCUCAGCAGGAUUCGUUCGGAAGUUUGAUGCUCAGCAAUUCCAACGGCACCUACUUUGUUCGGUCAAAACAGUACACCAACCGUAACCAGUACGACACCGUCGAUUUUGAAAAGAUUCAGAACAUCGACGGCGUCUACAUUAUCAAUGUUGUCGAUAACCAUGAUGCUUCGCCACGCGACGACGAGAAGCAUUUGCGCACCCAAAUCUCAUUCGAGGCCGGUUCUAGUUGGCAGUACAUCAUGCCUCCAGAGGCCAGAGUUGACGGACGACGCCACAGCUGCCUUCCCAACAAUGAUGGAUCAUGCAGUCUUCACCUGCACUCGGUGACAUCAGCCAAGGUGGCUCCUCCCGUUUUCAGUUCAAAGGCGGCUCCUGGAGUGAUCAUGGGCGUUGGAAACGUUGGACCUUACCUGUUGCCUUGGUACGAGUGCGAUACCUACUUGUCCGAAGAUGGAGGUCUUACAUGGAAGGCAGCUCUGGAGCACCCUCACAAGUAUGAGUUUGGCGAUCAGGGCGGCCUGAUUGUAGCUGUCAGAGACGACGACACCCCUAUAUCUUACUUUCAGUACAGUGCUGAUCGUGGUCAAACUUGGAGAAAGUAUGACUUGGAUGAAAACAUCCGCCCUGGAGCAUUGAUUUCGGAUCCCGAGUCGACAUCUCAAAAGUUCAUGCUGUUUCAGCGCCCAGGCGAUAAGUUUGUCGGAUACCAUCUGGACCUGUCCAAUGUUUACAGUCGGACAUGCGAGCUCAACGCCGACAACGUGGAUCGCUCCGACUUUGAAAAGUGGUAUGCUCGCAACCUCCGCAACCAACCCGACUGCUUGAUGGGUGUCAAGUCCUGGUACUGGCGCAGAAAGGCUAACGCCGAAUGCAUGGUGCGCGAAUCUUUCAAGGACCCACGAAAGACAGAUGAGGUCUGCCCUUGCACGGAUGAGGACUUUGAGUGCGACUUCAACUAUGUCCUCACGAACGGCGAGUGUGUUUUGGCCGGCAAGGAGUUGAUGCCCGAAGGUUCGUGCAAAAAGGAGGGCGAUAGCUAUCUUGGUUCUUCGGGAUAUCGCAAGGUUCCUGGCAACAGCUGUGACUCCGAACAUGGUCUCAAGAAGGAUGAGCCCAAGACCAAGACCUGUACGGCCCAGGCAGUCCCAACCGAUAUUACGCACUCUGUUACCAAGUUUGAUGCCCCUAUGCAGGGUGGAUUCCAGUACUUCCCCGACACGUCUGUGAGCAUGUUCUUGUCCGAGUCUAAGCAGGUCUGGCGCAGUACUGACGAUGGUUCGACAUGGAAGCGAGUUUUGCCUGAUGCCGGACGCUUUAUCGGCAUCUUUAUUCACGACGUGAACAACAAGCUGGCCUACCUCUUCACAACCAAAGAGAUGUAUGUCACUCACAACGCCGGCGAAUCGUUCGAUAAGCGUGAGCUGCCUAUCCCUCCAAACAAGUUUGGCUUCCCUCUCAUCGACUUCCACCCCGACACCGAUAAGAAUGACUGGAUGCUGUACCUCGGCCAGGAUGAGAACGAUUGCUUCACUAGUCUCUACCGUACUCAGAACGCAGGAAAGAACUGGGCCCUGGUCGACACCUGGGUUGACAAGGCUGUCUACGCCAGUCAUAGAAAGCUGGACAUGCCCGACCACGGAAUCUUCUCGAUGUCGUGGAAGAAGCCCAUGCCUGAGAAGGCCUGCCAGGACGAGGUCUACUCGAACGAUGCCAACCCUCUGCAGAUGAUCUACAGGCUGGACGCCGACAAGCAGCAACGUGUUCUGUUCACCAACGUUGUCCAGUUCUAUGUCGUGGAGAACUUUUUGGCUGUCGCUGUGGAGGAGUCCAGGGAUUUCAUUCUCCAUGUGUCGACGAACGGUUAUAACUUUGCACAGGCGCACUUCCCUUCCAACAUCAGGGUGGAUAAGAACGGCUUCACCGUCCUGCAGUCGACCACCGGAGCGCUUAUGGUCGAUGUAGCCAAGUCGAGUGCUGUCAACCGUGAGCACGGACGUCUCUUCAAGUCAAACAGCAACGGCACUUUCUUUUCCUUGCAGCUCGACAACACCAACCGCAACGAGCGACAGCUUGUUGACUGGGAGAAAAUUGGAGGCAUUGACGGCGUUGUUUUGGCCAACCAACUCACGAACCCGGGAACGAUGGCCAAGGACGGCAAGAAGUACAUCCGCUCUUUGAUCUCGUUCAACGACGGCGCUGUCUGGAACCCUCUUCGCGCACCUCAGGGUGACUGCAACGACAACGACUGCAGCUUGCAUUUACACAGUGUCACCGACUAUGAUGGCCCUGGCGCCGUUUUCAGUGCUCCCUCUUCAGUCGGUUUGGUUUUGGGUGUCGGAAACACCGGCAAAUACCUGCUCCCUCUCGAGAAUGCCGCGACAUAUCUUAGUCGCGAUGCCGGUAAGACCUGGAGGAAAGUGAGCGAUACCCGCACCCUCUAUGAGUUUGGUGAUGAGGGCGGAGUCAUUGUCAUGGUCGAUCCCACUGCUCCUACUCAGGAGGUCUCGUUCUCGUAUGACUUCGGAUCUACCUGGCAAAAGGCCUCCUUCGCAGACGCCCCCGUUAUGAUCCAUACCUUGACGACCGAGCCAACCUCGCACACCUCCAAGAUCUCGAUCACCGGUACCUUUGCCAACGGCGACCGCGACCCCAUCAUUUCAACCCUGGACUUUAGCGGCCGCCGAGAGUGUGUCAUGGACAAGGGCAACAAGGACAAGAGCGACUUCGAGAAGUGGUCCCCCUUCGACGGCGAAGAUGACCGUUGUAUCCUUGGCCAAGAUAUUGUGUACUGGCGUCGCAAGGCGGACAGACCCUGCCUUGUCAAUGACGACGACGGCAAGCCUGAUAUGGAGCAGACCAACUGCAAGUGCACAAAGAAGGAUUUCGAGUGCGACUUUGGCUUCUUCAGGGACGAGACUGGUAACUGCCAGCUGUUUGAGCACGACCCCGAGAAGCCCAAGAACUGUGAAGGCACUUACAAGAGUCGUUCUGGAUUCCGCAAGAUCGAGGCGAGCAAGUGUAGAGACGGUGUGGACUUGACCAACGAGAAGAUCGAGAGACAAUGCGGUACUAAGAAGGAUGUCGAAGCCAAGUUGACCACUUUUGAUAUUGCAUUCAGCCGCGAUCGCGACACCGUUUUCUACUUCCCUGAUUCCGAUGUCGUGAUGCUAAAGUUGGAGUCGCGCGUGUAUAUCAGUAAUGAUGAGGGCAAGCUCUGGGAGGAAAUCAAGAUCGAUGAGACUAUUACUGGUGUGCAGCGCCACCCCUACGACAAGGCGACCGCCAUUAUUGGCACGUCUGGUCGGAAGCAUUUUAUCACACGCGAUCGCGGCCAGAACUGGGAUGCCAUUGAGCCACCAUUGAACUCUGCAUCGACUCUUCAGUUGAACCCUUGGUCCUUCCACCCAACGGAGUCCGAAUGGUUGAUCUACGUAGGCGAGACUGGCUGCAACUUUGACAGGGAUGAGCAUUGCCACGGCGAGGCGUUUUACUCGAACGAUGCUGGACGUACAUGGUUGCCUCUUGCGGCCUGGGUCCGAUCCUGCUCCUGGGCUCAGGACACUGACUUCAAGAUUGUGAACCCCUUCGGUAUCUAUUGCGAGCAGUAUGAUGACCAUUCUGGAUCUCAGCGGAUUCUGAUGAACACCAACACUCCCGUCAAGUUCGUUUACACACCUGACUUCAUGCACUCGUCCAAGGUCCUGUUUGAUGCCAUUGUCGGUUAUGCCACCUACUCAAACUACUUGAUUGUGGCCGAGUAUGUCCCCAGCCAGCGCGCCCUCCGCGUUGCCGUGACCACGGACGGUACUAACUUUUUGCCUGCUCACUACCCCGCCAACAUUGAUGUCGUCAACCCCGCAUACACUGUUUUGGACUCUACUACUCGAUCGAUCUUUAUGGCUAUCAACUCUAUUGAUCGCAAGGGCUCCAAGGUCGGCAACCUGUUCACGUCCAACUCGAACGGCACAUAUUUCUCCCUGUCCAAGAAGCACGUCAGCGAGUCGGACUGGGGCAACGUCGACUUUGAGAAGAUGCAGGGAGUUGAGGGAGUUGCUCUCUUGAACGAGGUCACCAACCCCAACGAGGUCAACCAAGGCAAAAAGAAGAUCCUACGAUCCCAGAUCACCGUCGACAAUGGCAACUCUUGGGGUCCUGUGAACGCCCCUCAGUCGGAUUCCGACAACAAGCCCUACAGCGAUUGUCGGUCGACGGAAUGUAGUUUGCAUUUGCACAACUAUUUGGAUCGCAAGCACGUAGAGGAUCUGUUUAGUUCUUCAUCGAUUCCUGGCAUGGUCAUUGGCGUCGGUAACGUCGGUAAAUCUCUUGGCGAAUACGUAGACGGAAAUACGUUCUUGACGCGCGACGGAGGCCACUCUUGGAAGGAGAUUUUGCGUGGACCUCACCAGUACGAUUUUGGCGAUCACGGAAGCAUUAUUUUGUUGGUCAAGGACGACGAGCGCCCCACGGAUCAUGUCAUCUACUCCCUGGACCAUGGAAACACGUUCAAGCUGUUCGAGUUCUCUAAGGAGGAGGUGAUUGUCAAUGAUAUUGUCACAAAAUCCAAUGGCGUUGGCAAGUCGUUCUUGUUGUUUGCCGUGUCGCGGGCGAGCAGCAAGCAGAUGAUCUUCCAAAUUGAUUUUGAGGGUCUGGACUUCCGCAAGUGUCGCCUGGAUCUGAACGACGAGAAGAAUGACGACUUUGAGCGAUGGGAUCUGGCGGAUUUGCGUGGCGAGAAGUGUAUGUUUGGACGCAAGGUCGAAUACUUCCGUAGGAUCGAGGAGAAGAUGUGCUGGGUCGGAGAGCUCCAGGCCAACCCACGCAAGAUUGAGGACAACUGCCAGUGCACGGCCAACGAUUUUGAGUGCGACUUCAACUAUGAGCCUGAUGGUACUGGUAAGUGUUUGUUGAUCAAGGAGGCCAAGCCGGUUGUCCUGGACGAGAAGGAUGUCUGUGCUCAUCUGCCUGAUGGAGUCGAUUACUACUACGAGUCGAUUGGUUACCGCAAGAUGGCCUUCUCGAGCUGCGUGGGCGACCAUGAGCUGAUGGGCACCAAGAAGUACUGUCCCGGACGCGGUGGACGUGGCUUCUUUGGAUGGUUCGGCAUUCUGCUGGCGUCUGGUGGUGGAGCCUUCGGUGUGAUGUGGCUGUUGAACCGGUACAAGGGUCAUUUCGGACGCCGUGGAUCGUUUAUUCGUCUGGGCAAUGAUGUCUAUGACCAGUUACCGCGGUCAUCGUCUUUGCCUUCGAUGAACAUGCCUUCGAUGAACAUGCCCUCGGUGCGCAUGCCUCGGUCGUUCAGUCGCUUCCAUGUGCCUGAUUUCGCAUACCAGGCCUGGGACAAGGUUGCAGGCGCGGCGACGGCGUUUUUGCCUAAUCGUCUUCGUGGUUAUUUCAGUCCACGGGGUGGAUACCGGUACCAGAACCUGAGCCAGGAGCCCGGGGAGGUGAUUAUGGACGACUAUUUUGAUCAUUAUCUGGAUGAAGAUGAUGAGGGUGGUGCCAUUGCUGUUGGGCGAUCGGAUGGGCUGUUGGGCCAUGGUGAUGGACUCCAGGAUGCGCAGGAGCGGUUCCGGGACGACUCUGAUGAUGACGAUGAUGGUGAGGAGGACCUUGAUGGUAUGGUUUAG